AAAACAAGACUUUCAUAGAUCGGAUCUAACCCUGAGAGAGAGACUCCACCAUUGCUGCCUGCUUCUGUUGCGAAGACAACAAGAGAAGGUAAAAUUAUCCACCAAUUUCUAGGUCAGAAGCUAGAUUCAUCAAUCAAGCUCCGAAAUUUACUUCCUACCAUACGCAACUUCAAUCUCAAGUUUCCAGUAAAUUAAGGCCACCAGUCAUUGUAGAGAUCGCAGUUCCACGCCGCAGGUUUUUCAACUGUCUGGAGUAAUUUCACUAAAGAUUUGCGACGAUCAUAAUUCAUAAGUCAUGUUCAAGCAAUCGCCACGCAGAAACGGAAGAAACAAAGGAUUGAAGAUAAAACAUGUGUUACAGAUCUGUGUUUUGCUUGGUGUAAGCAUAUGGUUGCUUUAUCAACUACAGCAUUCAAAGAAACCAGCAUCUGUGACAAGCAUCUCGGAGAGAUUAUUACAGAAUGACGAUAACACUGACACAAUCAAAUUAGGGAGAAAGGGGCUUCUUACACCUAAAGUGGAGGAAGUGAAUGAUGAUCACCAUGAAGAUGAAGAAGUAGAUGAAAACAACCCUGAAGAGCUUGUUCAUGAUCAUGAUCGUGAUACCAGUGAGGAAGAUGAAGAAGGGAAUAAUGAACAGGAGAAAACUGAAGAGGAGAGUGGUGUGAAGGAUACAGAAGAAGGGGAAAGUGAAAAGGAAGAUGGGAUUGAAAAGAUGAAUGAGACUGAAAACGAAAGUGAAAAUGAAAGUGAAGAGAGUAAACAUGAAGAUGAAGAAGAUAAUAAGUUAGGUUCAUCAGUGGAUCAAAAUGAGGAAAAAAGUGAUGGGAAUGAUCAAAGUGUGAGAGAGGAGAAUAGGAAAGGAGAUGAUGCUUCAAGUGAAGUGAUUGAUGAGUCUCAGAAGACAGGGGAGAGUGAAUCAAAAGAGCAUACUGUGUUUACAGACUCUACAAAUGCUGCACAAACCGAGUCAACUCAGACAGAAGGUUCCGACUCUACCAACACUGAGUCGACUCAGACGGAAUCCAAGGAGGGAACUGAAGGCGAUAGUGGUACAAACAAUGAAGGAGGUUCGGACUCAAACUCGAACUCGAACUCAGCACAAAACGAGUCAACUCAGACAGAGUCUAGUAAUAAUGGUGACAGUUCUGAGUCAACAGAAACUGGAACUGAGUCCAAGGAUGAAAGUGCGAACUCAGCACAAAACGAGUCAACACAGAGUGAGUCGAACGAGCAAAGUGGAAGCACGGAAUCUACCAACAAUGGGGAGAGUUCUGAGUCAAACUCAGCACAAAAUGAGUCAACACAGACGGAGUCCAAGGAGCAAAUUGAGUCAACACAAGAGUCCAAGGAAGAAACUGUGAGUACAGACUCUACCUCCAAUGGAGAAAGUUCUGAGUCAAACUCAGCUCAAAACGAGUCAACCCAGACCGAGUCUAAGGAGCAAACUCAAGGUACAGAUUCUAACAACAAUGAAGGAAGUUCGGAGUCAAACUCAUCGCAAAAUGAGUCAACCCAGACUGAGUCUACUGAGCAAACUCAAAGUACAGACUCUAACAAUGGAGGAAGUUCUGAGUCAAACUCAGCACAAAAUGAGUCAACACAGACAGAGUCCAAUGAGCAAACUCAAAGCACCGACUCAAACCCGUCGACUCAGACAGAGUCCAAUGAGCAAAAUCAAAGCACAGACUCAAACUCAGCACAAAACGAGUCAACCCAAACCAAUGAGCAAACUCAAAAUACAUACUCUGACAACAAUGGAUCGAGUUCUGAAUCAAACUCAGGACAAAGUGAGUCAACUCAGACACAAUCCAAUGAGCAAACUCAAAGCACUGACUCCAACAACAAUGGAGCGAGUUCUGAUACAAACACAUCACAAAACGAGUCGACCCAGACAGAAUCCAACGAGCAGACUCAGAGCACGGAUUCUAACAAUGGAGCGAGUUCCGAUUCAAACUCAGCGCAAAACGAGUCAACUCAGACAGAGUCUAAUGACCAAACUCAAAACACGGAUUCAAAUGCAAACUCAGCACAAAACAACGAGUCAACCCAAACAGAAUCUAAUGAGCAAACUCAAAGCACUGAAUCUAAUAACAAUGGAGCCAGUUCAGAGUCAAACUCAGUACAAAACGAGUCAACUCAGACAGAGUCAAACACAGAUUCAAAUACAAACACAUCACAAAACGAGUCAACUCAAACAGAGUCCAAUGAGCAAACCCAAAACACAGAUUCAAAUUCAAACUCAGCACAAAACGAGUCAACCCAGACAGAAUCCAAUGAGCAAAAUCAAAGCACCGAUAACAACGGAGCGAGUUCAGAUUCAAACUCAGCACAAAACGAGUCAACUCAAACAGAGUCCAAUGAACAAACUCAAAGCACAGAUUCUAACAACGGAGCGAGUUCAGAUUCAAACUCAGCACAAAACGAGUCAACUCAAACAGAGUCAAAUGAACAAACUCAAAGCACGGACGCCAACUCCAACAACAAUGGAGCGAGUUCAGAGUCAAACUCAGCAGAAAACGAGUCAACUCAGACAGAAUCCAAUGAGUCUAACAACAACAAUGAAGUGAGUUCAGAUUCUUCAUUACCACAAGAUGUGAAAGAUGCUCGAACAGAUCUUGAAACAUUGCCACAGACUGGAAACGAAGGAAGCAACACUCAUGAUACAGCAACAGCAGAAGAGUAAAGCUAAGCAACUCAUCUCUCUCUCACAUUAUAUGCUUUUUUAUGCGUUACAUUUCCAUUCUUUUUGUGUUGUUGAAUGCACGUGUAAUGUAAUGUAGUAUUUUACUUUCUUGCGUUUUGAGGGUUUUAAAUUUCUUUUUAGUAGAAUUGUUAUUUAAUUUACUUACGGAUAUUGUUUGGAAUAAGAUUUUUGUAAUUAUCUAUAUAAAGUUAUUUAUAA